ACAACGGCCCCCACUAUUCUUUGUCGUCGGGCCCCUCUCGCGCUCUCGCUUUCUUCCCCUCCCUUCCCGUUGCGAAACCCAGGUUCGUGGCACCCGCCGGCUGCUGCACCAGCCGCUAACCGUGUAAUUGGCUAUCGAGAGCGCGUCAGAGGAGCACUGAUAUCCAGUGUGUCAGGAUCUGUGAAUCAUUCCAACUAUUUUGGAUUACCUUCUUGACUUUAUUCAAGAUGUCGUUCAUGAGAGGCGACCUGCUUACAAAGACAAGAAAACUCGUGAAGGGACUCGCAAUAGCUGAACCUGUCUGGCUUAAAGCCAUGGAACAGGCACCGCCUGUCACUUUCCCUCGAACUGAUGCAAAAAUUGAGAAGAUUACGCUUCCUGAGGAUGUAUACGUCAAGAAGUUUUUCAAGAAGCAUCCUGAUUCUAAAUAUGAGGAUGCUAUUAGGUUUAAUGGUUUCGAUCCUCCACCUGCACGGGUUUUUGGCUGGCGUGUGCUCGAGUUAAAAGAACAAGGAGUUGGUGAAGAGGAAGCAAUGGCAGUCGCUGAUAUGGAAUACCGUGCUGAGAAGAAAGCAAAGAAGAAGGCCUACGUCAGACUGAAGCAACUUGCACGCCUUCAAGGGAAGAAACCUCCUCCAAAUCCAUAUCCCAGUGCUGUCAAGGAAAUCCAAGCAGAGGAAAUGAAGUAUGUCCGUGAUCGUUUUACCAACCCGAAGAUUCUUGACAUUGUGAAGAAGAUGAAGGAAGAGAAAGCUGCGAACAUGGCUGAAAGGCGGCAGGGUGGCUGGUAGCAGGAUAUAUGCAAAUUAGCUGGACAUGAUACGAAGGUUUUUGCCAUUUUUUGGCUGCACUAGAUUGUGUUUCACCCCUCUUCUCGAAGUUUUAGAUGUCGGAUUCGGAUUCAAUUUUUGCCUUUAAAAGUCGGAUAACAGUGUUCUCGUGAAGAUGGAAGCUCUUUGUGUCUAGAAAAUCAAUACUUUUCUAUAAGGUUCACCCAUAAGAACCCCAGAUCAUAUUUUGUACGAUCGACUGCGGUUUUAUGUGCUGAUAAAUCUAAGAUAGUUGAUUUUGGAA